UUUAGCAAAAGCACUCAAACAGUGUCCAAUGAUAAUCUCCCAAGUUUCUUCAAGGGCCUGCCACCGGGCAUUCCUCACCGUCACCGUCGUGCCGUUUCAAAUCCCAUCUCUAUAAAUCAAAGCCAAUCCCAAUCACCUGAAAACCCAACCACUUUUCUCCCUAAAAUCUCCCCAAAUGAGCUUCCACGGCUUCUACCAGACCUGGUUCGACCACCUCCGCCGCAUGGUCGACCAGCUGGCGGAGGCUCGCCGGCCGCCGGCCACCCAAGAGGACCACCACGCCCUCCGCCAGCUUGUCCACAAGGUAAUGACCCACUAUGCCGAGUACUACCGGGUCAAGUCCCUCGCCGCCAAGCACGACGUCGUGUCCGUCUUCGCGGAGCCGUGGUGCACCGCUCUGGAGCGGUCGCUGCACUGGAUCGGCGGGUGGAGGCCCACCACAGCCUUCCACCUGGUCUACACCGAGUCCAGCAUCCUGUUCGAGUCCCACGUCAUCGACAUCCUCCGUGGCCUACGCACCGGCGACCUCGGGGACCUCUCGCCCGCCCAGUUCCGCCGCGUCAGUGAGUUGCAGUGCGACACCGUCCGGGAAGAGAAUUCCAUCACCGAUGAGUUGUCCGACUGGCAGGAUUGUUCGAGUGAUCUUCUGGGCGUAUGCACAAAUGUGGAUGGGAAGAUCGAACGGCUGGUGAGGAUUCUGGAGAAGGCGGACGAUCUACGGCUGAGAACGGUGCGGAAAGUGGUGGAUCUGCUGACGCCGCAGCAGGGGGUGGAGUUCCUCGUCGCCGCCGCCGAGUUUCACUUCGGCGUCCGGAGUUGGGGUCUUAACCACGAUCGUCUUCGUCGCAAAGUUUGACCGAUCGGUCGACGACGACGAACUCGAUCGACCAAUCGUGCUUCUGUCUUAAUGAGGGAAGAUUGUGUUACAGUGGUUAAUUAAAGUAAUGUUACGCCGAUCAAAUAAUUAAUCGGGCCGGUUAGAAAAUAAAAAUCGUCAAAAGCGUGUCGGUCGCUCCAAA